UCUCCAUUUUGUGAGACUUCGUGAAGCCGAGCUCAGCUACCCCGAAGGAACAAGGCCCAAACACCUACACACGACGAUUAAAACUCACAGACCCAAACCUCUGCUCGCUUACCAAGUUAUUAUCCGAAAGGAAAGCAAAUCUUAUCGUAUGUCCGCUAUCCAGAACCUCCAAACUUUUGACCCCUUUGCUGAUGCAACUAAGGGUGAUGACCGCCUCCCAGCCGGGACAGAGGACUACAUCCACAUAAGAAUCCAACAGCGGAACGGCAGGAAGACCCUCACUACUGUCCAGGGCAUUGCCACCGACUAUGACAAGAAGAAGCUAGUCAAGGCCUUCAAGAAGAAGUUUGCCUGCAAUGGGACAGUGAUUGAGCACCCAGAGUAUGGUGAAGUGAUCCAGCUGCAGGGAGACCAGCGCAAGAAUAUCUGCCAGUUCCUCAUUGAGAUUGACCUGGCCAAGGAGGAGCAGCUCAAAGUCCACGGCUUCUAGAAGCUGCUAGUAGCCCUCUCCCCUUCUCUCCUGGAAGGCCAUCAAACUUCCCCCCCCUCCCAUCACCCCUCCCUCUCCUCUCCUACCCUCCUCCUAUGUGCUGCUGUUGCUCUUCCUCCCCUCUCUCCCCCCUUCGCAGCCCCACCAGCUCCUCUUAGCUAACACGUGAAUUACCUCUGACAAACAUGGGACUCUGUAACACCACCGCCCCCCUACGCCACCAGGGGGCAGGCUCGCUCUCGCAAAGACACACCACUGCAGCUCCACACAACAUCAGGGAUGAGUGGUGAUGACCCUCCCACACACACUUCCUCCUUCCUUUUCCCCCUUGUUUAUUUCCUUUUUUUAAUUUUUUCUUUUUAGGUCUCGUGCUGCAGUAAGGCACCCAGUUUCAUGUAACUUUUUUGUUUUGUACUUAAAGGUGUUUCAAUAAAACAAUGAGUCUCCAGAUGUUGGAGUGGAGUGGUGUCAUGGGGGAACGGGGGCUGGGGUGUGUGUGGGGGGGGUCUUUGAGUUAAAAAGCAGUGUUAUCUACGGGGCGGGUUUUAGAGGAACACAGACAGGACAGGAGGGUUUUCCAAGUUGCUGAAAGAAGUUUCUGUUUGCCAUCUUAAGUUAUUUCUUUAUUUUGCAGUCUGAAUGAGCCCCCCCCCCCCCACCCGCAAUGUUUACAUGCCCGGCUCAGGUGCAGAGUAAAGCUUGUGUAGAGUACCAGUCAGCUUCACCCCCCCCCCCCCCCCCCCCCCCUCCAUAUCACCUUAUUUAUGCCUCACUCUUCACUUGAUGGCACAUUUUUCUAUUUUUUUAAAAUCAUUUUAUUCCAAUCCAAGUAUCAAACUAUCUGGGUCUGUUCAGUGGUGGUCUUUGAUUGGUCGGCGAGGCCUGUGCUGAGGAACGCUGGGUCAUGUGAUUGUUACUCAUGACUCCAGGGCAGGAAACCAAGUCAAUUACUGUGAAUCCGAUCUUGUUAACGAGACGGUAGAAGUUGGAUUCACACGUAGAUGAAGGUAGUUUCCUGCUCCGGCUCUUUGACCAGCGUUUCCUGUUUGGUCCAAUGAAGAAGAAAAAAAAAAAAAUCUGGUUACCAGACCUGCGGUUUUUGGUUUUUUUUUUUUUUGGACACUUGAAUCUUUCGUUUCCUAUAAUGCAAUAAUUUAUAAACACGAGUUAAGAUGUAGUGAUGCUGACAUAACGUUUAAAAAUUAAAGCCAUGGAUAGGUCACACUGCUGCUGUGACUGAAGGUGAUGGAGAACAAGUCUGUUUUGAAAAAAAUUCUCAUUUGGUUCAAUAAAAUUUCUGCAGUUGAUAAAUCUG